UGGGGAACCUUCCUUUCCCGUUUUCAUCAUCAGCUGAUUAGCUCUUAACUAAUUAAGAGAGAGAGAGAGAGAGAGAGAAAAAGAAGAAGAAAUAUAGUCAUGGCUAGUGUUUCCUCUAACACAUUUUCUAAUUUCCUUCUCAUUCUCCUUGCCAUCAGUUUCCACAUAAACUCUUCCUCAGCUGGUAGAAACCUCGCCCAAACAACCAGCACAGAGUUCAUAAGAACAUCUUGUAGUACGACUACAUAUCCAAGACUUUGUUAUAGUUCUCUCAAAAUCCAUGCAAGCAAAAUCCAAACCAGCCCCAUGCUCCUAGCCAAUGCAGCCCUUAAUGUAACACUAGCAUCUACAAGAUCAACUUCAACCAUGAUGCAAAAACUCUCAAAAAGUCAUGGCAUGAAGCCUAGAGAAGUAUCAGCUAUGCAAGACUGCAUGGAUGAGUUAACCGACUCCGUAGAUGAGCUCAGAAAAUCAAUUGAUGAGCUGGGUAAGGCUCAAGGUUCCAAUUUUGGGCUCAUGAUGAACGACGUACAAACGUGGGUUAGUGCUGCCUUAACAGACGAGAGUACUUGCAGUGACGGGUUCGCAGGGAGCACGAUGAAUGGGGAAUUGAAGACUCUUGUUAGGCAACAGAUUGUGAAGAUUGCACACUUGACCAGCAACGCCUUGUCCUUGGUCAACAGUUAUGCCUCUGUUCAUGGUUAGAUUACCUGGGUUCAAGUUAAUUAGUUCUUAUAAUUCGAGUAUGGGGCUAAAAUAUAUGUGGUGUGAUUUUUGUUGUGCCAAGUUAUGGGAUACAUCGUUUAGAUAUAUGCAUGGCCAUGUUUCCAUGAGUACGAAAUGUGGCAGCUUAAUUAGGACGGUGUUACUUAAGGUAGUCGUAUUAGUGAAGCCGAUUAAUGUAAGUGAUUUUCUGCUGUA